AUGUUUCUUCCCAAAUGCUGCUCGUGUAUGCGAGAUGCAGGAGCCUCGGUCGAGUUCUUUUUCUUGGAGUGUGGUCAUUUUGUGUGUGAGGCUUGCAUGGUGGCUACUUCUCAUCAGAAUUUGGCACUUGUUGAACAACUACCUCAUAAUCCUUCCUCAUUGAGAGGUUAUUGCUCCUUUUGCCAAAGACAAAGUCUGGCCAUUUCUCUUGCCGAUUCGAAAGCUAUACCAAGAAACAUUUACGAAUAUGUGAGCUCCAAUUUUCGUAACUUGUUCAACGAUGCGUUUUCAAAACUUGAUUCCGUUCUGAAAUUUCAACACCAACACUAUGAGCAAGUGAUUGGCCAACUAAGAAAUGAGAACGUGAGGCUUAAAGAAUCCUUAGAGCACUUGUCCAAUACAGCAAAUACAGCCUCUCUGAUUCGACCGCAGCAUCCUCAAAGGACUCCUCACAGAUUCGCUUUUCCCCACGUUAUGGAAGCAACUCUAUCUUCCAACCACUCCCAUUCGUCCUUCCAUUAUUCCCAUCCACAGAAUCUUCAUGCUCAGGAUGUUCUUAGCACACCAAGACACACUUCGUCCAAUCUGUCUUCAUUCAUGUCACCCCAUCGAACAGGUAUUGGGACGCCUAUGCCUCAUGCUAACUCUAUUCGCAUACCAACACCGUCUUCCAAGAUUCCUGGUGUGAGUCCGAUCCGACCUAACUCUGCCCUUAAUGAAAGUUUAAAUCAGGUGAUUCUGCAUCAACAGGAGAAUCAAGAAAAUGCAGAAGUAGCCACUGAAACGGCCACAACAAAUACGCCAAGAAAGCCACAAUCGAACGAUUCAUCAAGCAACGACUCAUCAAUGACUCAGAUUUCAACGAUAUCAAGAACAAAGUCUCUAGUUCCAAAAGCCUUAAGCCGGCCUCCACAACAACAUCAAUCGACGCCACUCCUACAAGGUUCGAAAUCAAGCCUGAAUGCAUCUCAAGGCAUCAAAGGAAGGACAAUAGCAAGAGUUGAAACUCCAUUCUUAAGUUCCAAUAGAUCACCCCACCAAGAAAAGAAAGCUCUGUUGGUGAGGAAAAAUUUGGCAGGACAAGCAGAACGUUUACUUGACGAAAGUGUUUCUCGACCCCUAACACGAUCAUCAAUGGGUAAUGAUGAGAACAUGGAUCCUUCAGGAACAGGUGACACGACCAACUCAGAGCAAAAUGUGAUGGACAAGCAAGCAAGCGUAUUGGGACUGCCAAAGCGAGCUUCAACUCUUGGCCACAAAGAAGUAUCACCAACCUCCAAAAACAAGUCACCUCCUUCUGCAAUUCAAAAGCAAAACAAAACAUCGGUUCUUGCUCCAAAUACUCCAGUGAAUCCAAGACAGCUUCUUUCACUUGCAACUCCUUCCAGACAAAGACCUCAAUCUAGUCGAGGUCUUUCAAACAACACUCGCCAAUAA